AUACCAAACCAAACUGACCGUUAGCCCUAACCCAAAAUUUCUCUCCUGCAAUCUCUGCUCCAGUUCUCCCACCGCAGUCCUGAAAGUGAUGCUGCUAUUCAGGGUACGGUGAACUGCGGUACGUGGCUAGCAUUGACGUCCACCGGCGGCCAAGCGAGUGUCUCUACUGGUUAAGGCUUUUCAUUUCAAUCAUAUUCGAUCUACAAUCCGCAGGGUUUUAUCUCCUUCAAAUCUUCGGCCAAGUUCAUCUGGCGCAUCCCUUCACUCCGGCCGCAGAUCCCUCGCUGCUCUAUUUGUCCGAUUCCCAUGUCGGAAGUGUUAGAGAGUAGUAAGAAAGUGGCGGAUCGUUACCUGAAGCGCGAAGUUCUUGGGGAAGGUACAUAUGGCGUCGUCUACAAAGCUAUUGACACUAAGACCGGGCAGACAGUUGCCAUAAAGAAAAUUCGGCUUGGGAAGCAGAAGGAAGGUGUUAAUUUCACUGCUUUGAGGGAAAUCAAACUAUUGAAAGAGCUAAAUGAUCCUAAUAUAAUUGAAUUGAUAGAUGCCUUUCCCCAUAAGGGGAACUUGCAUCUUGUGUUUGAGUUCAUGGAGACUGAUAUGGAAGCUGUCAUCCGUGAUAGAAAUAUAUUUCUCUCACCUGCUGAUAUUAAGUCAUACCUUCACAUGACACUGAAAGGACUCGCGUUUUGCCAUAAAAAGUGGGUCUUGCAUAGGGAUAUGAAACCAAACAACUUAUUAAUUGGAUCGAAUGGGCAGCUUAAGCUUGCUGACUUUGGGUUAGCCCGUUUAUUUGGUAGCCCAGAUAGAAGAUUCACUCAUCAGGUCUUCGCCAGAUGGUACAGAGCGCCAGAGUUGUUAUUUGGUGCCAAGCAUUAUGGACCUGGAGUUGACGUAUGGGCUGCUGCUUGCAUUUUCGCAGAACUGCUUCUUCGAAAACCCUUUUUGCAGGGGAACAGUGACAUUGACCAGCUGGGAAAGAUAUUUGCAGCUUUUGGUACCCCAAAGCCAUCUCAGUGGGCUGAUAUGGUUUACCUGCCCGAUUAUGUGGAGUACCAAUAUGUUCCAGGACAGCCUCUGCGUAUGCUCUUUCCUAUGGCAAGUGAUGAUGCUCUAGACCUUUUAUCUAAGAUGUUUACUUAUGAUCCAAAAGCUAGGAUUUCUGCUCAGCAAGCAUUGGAACACCGGUACUUUUCAUCGCUCCCUCCACCAACUGAGCCAGCUUUGCUCCCAAGACCUCCACCGAAGAGGGAUCCAGGCAACCCCAAAGCUUCAGAUCAUAUUCCACAAGAUGGACCAGUUGUAUUUUCUCCACCGCGAAAGUCAAGGAGGGUGAUGCCCACUCGUGAGGGAUUUGAUGGAAAUGCCCCAAAACUGGAUAAUGCAGAUGGCGGCCAUGGAAAUGAAUUCAGACAACCAGCUGGUGAGCAGCAGGCUCCUACGUCCUUGGAUUUCUCUGUCUUUGGGAUGAAGCCGCCUUCUCGACCAACAAUUAACAGUGCUGACAGAUCACAUUUAAAAAGGAAACUAGACCUCGAAUUCCAACCGGAAGAUUGAACUUUUAUAUGCAUCCCUUGUGAAUAUGUUACCGCCUGCUUGGAGAUGCAACAUUUUCCAUGAGUUCAGAGUGCCCGGGUUGCUGCCAUUGUAAAAGUGUGUCGAUUUAACAAAUUCAUUCAUUCUGUUUAAAAUGUCAUGUUCAUACUUGAACUUGCCGUAUCCCGGCGAAAGGUCCAAAACUAAAGUUGCAGGUAUAAUUAUUGAUCUUGAUUUCACAAAGUGAUAGUUGUAUCCAGAGUAAACGAUUAUGCGAUUAUUGAUCGUGUGAAUUCAUUUGUUGCCAAUGUUGUUUCUAUAUGUACUCGGUACUCGUCAAUGGUUAAUAUUAAAUU